AUGGAGGACACAAGAACACACUCCAUAUCGGCAAACACUCCCACUCCUACUCCUUCAAACAAACAGCAACAACAAGUGCAACAGCAGGUCCAAGCUACGGAAAAUACUACUACUGCUGCUGCAACUACCGCCACUGGUGCAGCAACCACAGCAAUGAUCACGAACGAGUCCUCGGCGUCCACUUCGGACUCAGACGCGGCUUCACCUGAUCCAUCCUCUCAUCAUCAUAAUACUGUAUGUGAAUACACGGAAAUGGCGCAACAGAGAAAUAUAACCCCGUCUCCAUAUCCAAACCAACAACAACAACAACAAAAUAAUAAUAAUCCCAUCUUUAAACAAUUCGAUUCCAAAACGGGACAAUUCUUAAGCACAACAAUCAUCUCAUCAAACAAUAAUAUUCCUUUCAAACCUUCCUCUUCUUUCAAAUCAAGAUCUCAUUCAGUACCUAUAAUAGUACAUUCAUCUCUAAGAAGACUCACAAAUCAUAACCAAAUCUAUAGAACUCAAAACAUUAUUAAUUAUUCAAACCUAAACAACUUCCCCAAUACAAACAACACCACAACCAGCCAAACAAACUUAUCAUGCGGUGUAAUGAAGAAAAAAUCUCCCCCUUCCAAAAAUCAUAUUCAACAACAACAACAACAACAACAAUUACAAAAUUCUUCAUCUUUGAGAAAUGCAAUAUAUCUCUCACAAAGAAAAUUAAACAACAACAGCAUGAUACAGAGAAAUAUUCAUAACAAUACAAACAUGGACGAAAUUUCACUGCAGGAUAGAAUAUCAUACAUUCAAUCCACUUCACUACCCAUACCUUUACCACCAAUAAAUCUUCAAUGUCUCAAAGAAAUCGAUCUACAAGAAAUUGUUAAAAAUCCACAACUAAGACAUGACAUCAUUUUUGAUCCUUUAUUACAAUUCAGACCAAAUUUAGAUGGUGACAGGGGUAUCAAGAAGAAAUUAAUCGCUGAUAAAUACUGGAAUGAUGUGGAAAAUGAAAUUUUCGUGUAUUUGAAAAGACCGGAUAUCUUCCAAUAUGAUCAUUCCAGAUUGGGUCCCCUAUUCGAUACCUUGAGAGAAGUAUUAUUAACUAUUGUCCCAGAAAAGGAAACUUCUUUAAUCACAGGGGUAUUGGAUACAGAAUUAAAUAUUCAAGAAUUGAUUAAAGGUUCAUUAAUAAUGUCAAAUUUAUCCGAUUGGCUAGCUCAAUUAUUCAAACAUCAUUGUGCUCCAAUGAGAGAUCCAUGGGUAGAUAAAAUGAGUAAUAAAUUCAAAGAAGCUGAUAGAGAAAAUUCAUUAACAAAAUUAAUUGAAGGUUUAAAAAUUAUUUUCCAAAUCUUGGAAGCCAUGAAAUUAGAUAUUGCUAAUCAUCAAAUUAGAUUAUUAAGACCUGCACUCCUGAGUAAUGCAGUGGAAUUUGAAAAACAAUAUUUUAACUCACUAAUGACUUCCAAAAAGGUUAAUUUAAACCCAUCUUUAAACUGGUUCGUAUCCAAAUAUAAAGAACGACCGGAAACAACAAUCACAGUACCACACAUUUACAAGACUUGUAUAAGAAGUAUAUUAAGUCUCCUGUCAUGCAGGAAAAUGGUUAAAGAAUACCCGACUUCCCUAUCAUUCGAUCACACGAGACUCAUCCUCCUCAGAGCAGAUAUUAGACAAUUAGUUUGUCUCCUGGUGUGUCGAUUACUCUUCCAACAAUUAAUAGCUAACGAUCAAACAAUCGAUAAACAAACAAAGGAUUACAUAAACACAUCAUACUCUAAUCAACGACUAAAAUCAGAAAUAAUAAGCAUAAUAACGGACGAACAUGGUAAUUGUAGAUGGACGAAAAACACACUCUCAUUAGCCAUCCAUCUGUGUAAAGUGAUCAACGAUCUCAAAUUGACAAGGAAAAACAUGGACCCGACAACACAACAACAUGGGUUCCCCACAGAAUUGGAUAAUUCAAAGAUCGCUUUCGCUAAAUCUUGGCUAUCAAAGCAAACACAACCAUUGAGUGAAGUGUACGGAGUAUUGGAAAAUAGAGUCUUGAAAUCUUUGGAAGAUAGCAUCUUUACAAACUCAAAUUGUACCGUCGAUGGAAGAGUGAAACAGGAUUUCGUAUAUUUGUACAACAACGCUUCGUCCUCCUCAUCAAACGAUACUGUCUCGGCAAGUUCUAACGUGAGAGGUGUAGGCGGGGAUUCCAGUGCAAAUUUAUCCACUUUGAUAAACAUGGAACAAAAGAGAAAUAUUCAAACAAGUAAACAGCAGACACAGGGGAGCAGCAGCAACAGUGCUGCUGGCGGAGUAUUUGCAUUCCAGGAGACAGAAGAAUACGAAAAUAUUUAUCGUCAUCUUUACACUGUCAUUAAUUUACAUUGGUCUGUUUUUGGAUCGCAUUAUGUGGAUGCCACGAGGAACAGUCUCAAGUAA